AAAUUAUAAACUGAUGCAGCCUGUAAUACAUAGAGCACAAAGAAGAUGGAAAAACCCAAACAUUUAAUGCAGCUUCAUCAUUUUUAAUUAAAUAUUAAUCUAAAUCUAAGUCCCUAAUUUUACGUAAUGUGGGAAUUUUUCAGAUUUAUAAGUCUCCAUCAAAAAAUUCUGUCCUUUUCUUGAAAUUACAUAAUUCUUUAUUUUCUUUUUAUAAUAUUACGUGGGUUGAUCAUGCAUAAUGAUUAAUGAAGAAAAAGAGAGGAAAUUGACGAAGAAAUUGAGAAAAUUCUUUUAGGCGGCGAUCGUUAGUUACAUCUCAAUCAAGGUUGUUGAAGUUUGAAUUCAUACUCUGAAGAAACUGCAUUCAGGUUGUUACUUCAGUUCUUGAACUUGGGAGGAAAAGACGGUGCUGGCUUAGAAGAGCAUUCUUGAGCUACGGAGGAUUGUCUCCGAAUUGAACUCAGGAUUUGGCAUUUGAGUGUUUACAGGGUGUAGCAGCAUGGUUUGGGCGUUGUAUGAUGAACGUGUGGUUGCUUUUCUAUGGCAGAUUUGACUUGUUUUAUUGACUGUGUUUUAGUUGGAUUCAUUUGAUUUUAGGAGAUUUUAAGUUCAAUCCUCCUUCCCCACCUCAAGGCUUUGCCUUUUUUUGGAUGUGAGGUGACCAUUAGGUCAUUGUGCAGCCAAAUGAGCAUUGCACAAUGAGUGGGGAAGGAGGAUUGUUAGUCGAUGGACAAAUCAAACAAGAACCUGGAUUUAUUUGGCAUUCUGAAGGCUUGGAUCCCAUGGCAGUGCAAAUCUGCUAAUGUGUCUAGGGACUUCUGGAUGCCCGAUCAUAGUUGUAGGGUAUGCUAUGAUUGUGACACCCAGUUCACGAUAUUCAAUCGUAGACACCAUUGUCGGCUUUGUGGCCGUAUCUUUUGUGGAAAAUGUACUGCAAAUUCAGUUCCAGCUCGUAUUGCUGACUCCAGUAAUCUGCUGGGUGAGUGGGAGAAGGUUCGUGUGUGCAACUACUGUUUCAAGCAAUGGGAACAGGGUUUAGCUCGUGUUGGUCAUGAGUCACGUGAUGUUAUUGAACGUUCACUCUCAGCAGCUAGUGAUGCCAGUUCAAAGUCUAAUGAAUCUGCUUAUGGUAGCACUAUUACGAUCUGUUCAAUGUCUUUUGGUAUCUGUGAACAAUCUUUUGAGAGUCUUUCUCAUAGUCCAUGUCAAUCAGCAAUGAUGGAUCCGUCUGUAGAUGUCCAGGGCAAGGAGGACUCAGGAAGGAGCAUUAUGAUUGUCCCCUAUGCUGAUGAUUCAUCUAUAAAUCAAUGUGGAUCGGGUACCAACAGGAGUGAUGAGGAUGAUGAUGAUGAUGCAUUUGGUGUCUAUGAUUUGGAUUCCAAAUCAAGGGGUUGUUCUGAGGCUAAUGGCUAUUUUGGUCCAGUGGAUAUCAAUGCAAUGCAAGAUGCCUAUGAAUCACAUAAUUAUGUCCUUGAUAUGGGCAACGGUGACACAAAAGGCUUGAUUAGCUCUGCCUUUCAGGAUAAUUAUGAUGUGCAAGUUGAUGGUGAACACCAAGCUAGGAAGAUGGAAGAUCUUGAAUUUGGCGAUGUAUGUGAAGCACCCUCAUCUCUUUGCGCUGUUGAAGAUGUUAACACCGAGCCUGUUGAUUUUGAGAACAAUGGACUUCUUUGGCUUCCACCUGAACCUGAAAAUGAAGAGGAUGAUAGAGAUGCUAGUUUAUUUGAUGACGACGAUGAUGCAGAUGCCAUGGGAGAGUGGGGUAAUUUGCGCUCUUCCAGUAGUUUCGAUAGCGGUGAAUAUCGUGAAAAGGAGAGGUCUGGUGAAGAGCAGAAGAAAGCCAUGAAGAAUGUAGUUGAUGGGCAUUUUAGGGCUCUGGUAUCUCAACUUCUGCAGGUUGAGAAUAUCCCAGUUACUGAUGACAAUGUUAGAGAGAGUUGGUUAGAAAUUAUUACUGCUCUUUCCUGGGAGGCUGCUACACUUCUGAAGCCCGACACAAGCCGAGGUGGGGGGAUGGAUCCUGGUGGGUAUGUGAAGGUGAAGUGCCUUGCCAGUGGACGUCGUUCAGAGAGUAUGGUUGUCGAAGGCAUUGUGUGCAAAAAAAAUGUGGCGCAUCGUCGAAUGACUACACGAAUUGAGAAACCUCGUCUCAUGAUCCUUGGUGGAGCUCUAGAAUAUCAGCGGGUCUCCAAUUUGCUGUCAAGUUUUGAUACUCUUCUGCAGCAGGAAACGGAUCAUUUGAAGAUGGCAGUCACAAAGAUUGAUGCGCACCGCCCUAAUGUAUUGUUGGUAGAGAAGUCGGUUUCUCGAUAUGCACAAGAAUACAUUCUUGCUAAGGACAUCUCUCUUGCUCUCAAUAUCAAGAGACCACUUCUUGAGCGUAUAGCACGCUGUACAGGAGCUCAAAUAGUUCCCUCAAUUGAUCAUCUUUCUGCGCAGAAGAUGGGAUAUUGUGACCUUUUUCAUGUGGAGAAGUGUUUUGAAGAUCAUGGAUCUGCUGGUCAAGCUGGGAAGAAAUUGACAAAAACAUUGAUGUACUUUGAAGGUUGUCCAAAGCCACUGGGUUUCACAAUUUUACUUAGAGGUGCAAUUGGAGAUGAGCUGAAGAAAGUGAAGCAUGUGGUGCAAUAUGGAGUUUUUGCUGCUUAUCACUUGGCUUUGGAGACGUCUUUUCUUGCAGAUGAAGGAGCUUCCUUGCCUGAUCAUCUUUUUAACGAACCAAUAACUGUAGCACUUCCAAAUAAAUCCUUAAGUAUCGAUCGGUCUAUCUCAACGAUACCUGGUUUCAGUUUUCCUGCACACCAAGAAAAGAUUGGGGAGUCCCAAUUAGUGAGUAGUAUGACUACUGCCUUACUAAGUGGUGCAAACAUGCAAAAUACAGAAUUGAUUAAAUCAUUGUCUUUACCUUCAAACACAAUCAUUCAAGAUGCUGGACCCUCUUUAAGCUAUAGUAGUGCCACUAGUCUCAACUGUAAACCACCAGGCAAUGUCUUUGGUUCAGAGCCUUCUUGUGAUAAUGUUGCUUCUAUAUCAGCAGUUGACAAGGAAAAAAAAGUCGGAGAAUUUAUGGAUCAUGAUGCUUCUGAAGUUAAUUGUGGUGAACUAUUACAUGCUCACCUUAGAGAAGAUUAUUCUGAUCCACCAGAGUCUAGCGAGCAUGUAUCUGUUUCCGAGGAUGCUUGUAAUGCUGAUGACAUGACUGGCUUAUAUGAGACAGCAGGUUCUGAGGUUAUCUUUAGGCAACAAGAUGCUCAACGUAUCAUGCAGAAUCCUGGAUCUUCGAAAGAGGAGUUCCCUCCAUCACCAUCUGACGCUCAGAGCAUCUUAGUCUCCUUGUCAUCAAGAUGCGUGUGGAAGGGGACAGUGUGUGAGAGGUCCCACCUUUUUAGGAUCAAAUACUAUGGAAGUUUUGAUAAACCUUUAGGCCGGUUUUUACAAGAUCACUUAUUUGAUCAGAGCUACAGGUGCCGUUCUUGUGAAAUGCCCUCUGACGCGCAUGUUCAUUGUUAUACUCAUCGGCAAGGCACGCUCACGAUUUCCGUUAAGAAGUUGCCGGAGAUUCUUUUGCCUGGAGAGAGAGAAGGGAAGAUAUGGAUGUGGCACAGGUGUUUGCGUUGUCCAAGGACUAGUGGUUUCCCUCCUGCAACUCGGAGAAUUGUGAUGUCAGAUGCUGCUUGGGGAUUAUCAUUUGGGAAAUUUUUGGAGCUUAGCUUUUCAAAUCAUGCAGCAGCAAGCAGGGUUGCUUGUUGUGGUCACUCUUUACAUAGAGAUUGUCUUCGGUUCUAUGGAUGUGGGAAAAUGGUUGCUUGCUUUCGUUAUGCAUCAAUUGAUGUUUAUUCCGUAUACCUUCCACCUGCUAAAGUUGAUUUUAACUAUGAGACUCAGGAUUGGAUACAAAAAGAAGCAGAUGAGGUUGUUAGAAGGGCAGAGUUAUUGUUUACUGAGGUGCGCAAUGCCAUUAGGCAAAUUGCAGAAAGAAAGAAUGGUGGACUGGGUGCUGGAAUAAUAUCAUCUGAGUCAAGAUUUGCCACUCUUGAAGGACUUCUCCGAAAUGAGAUGACAGAAUUUCAGGAAGUGUGUCUGAAAUCCUCUAUCAGGGAGGUGAGAAAGGGUCAUCCUGCUCAAGACAUCCUGGAGAUUAAUCGCUUAAGGAAGCAGCUGCUCUUCCAGUCUUACUUGUGGGACCACCGCCUGGUUAAUGCUGCCAAGGACGACGGCCAAGAUGAAGAUAGAGCUUUCCCCAAUGCUGAUUUUAUGGGGCUAGACAUUCUCCCAAGAUCAAAAAAUGCUGUUGCAAGUGGUGAAGCUCUUCCUACGGACCCAAACAUUAUCAGGAAUUCCAAUCUGGAAGAAGGAACUAAGAAUGCUGUGAAACCACCAGAGACAGAUUUUCAAACUAGAGCUAGUCCAGAUCGUACUCGUGACUUUGAAUACGUAGGUGAUCACUCCACUUCCACUGGGAUUUAUGAACAGUCUGAUCGUUUGGAGUAUGGACCGACAGUUCGAAGGGCGUUAUCUGACAGUCAUUUUUUAAAUCUUUCGGAUACCCUUGAUGCUGCCUGGACGGGUAAAACUCAGCCAGGGGUUGGCUUAUCAAGAGAUAACAACUUCUCGUUGACAGGGUCGAUUUCAGUAGAUUCUCAAUUGGCAGUAGUGGCAGAGAGGUUGGCGUUGGAGAAUCGAGUCGAAGAGAAGGGUGUUGCCAAGGUAACUUCAUCCCCUUCACCAGUGGCAUCAACAAACUCAAAAGGCUCUGAUAGUGCAGAAGACACCAUAAGCUGGCUGGGGAUGCCCUUUCUCAAUUUCUAUCGUUCUUUAAAUAAAAACUUUCUUGGAAGUGCUCAAAAGCUCGACUCUUUUGGUGGGUGCAACUCCACGUACAUAUCAUCGGCUCGGGAGUUGGGGCUACAAGGUGGGGCCAAGUGGCUUCUGCCUGAAGGUCCAUAUGAGACUGUGAUUCCAGUCUAUGAUGAUGAGCCAACCAGUAUAAUAUCUUAUGCAUUAAUCUCUCAAGAUUAUUACUCUCAAUUAUCUGAUGACGGAGAAAGACCAAAAGAUAUUGAGUCUGCAUCUUCAUUGCCGAUGCAAGAAUCAGCCAGCUUUCAUCAACUUCUUCCAGUUGAUGAACCAAUGAAUGAAUCAAAUAGAAGUCUUUCAAUAGAUGACAACAUCUUUUCUACAUCAGGCGCUCGCAGUUCCUUCAUGUCGGAUCCGCUUUUGUACACAAAAUCAUUGCACAUAAGAGUUGCUUUUACUGUUAAUGGUCCUAUUGAUAAAAUGAAAUAUAGUGUUACGUGUUAUUAUGCCAAGCACUUUGACACCUUGAGGAAAAUCUGUUGUCCGUCUGAGCUGGAUUUUGUUAGGUCAUUGAGUCGCUGUAAAAAAUGGGGAGCCCAGGGAGGUAAAAGCAAUGUCUUUUUCGCAAAAAGUUUGGACGAAAGGUUCAUAGUCAAACAGGUUACUAAGACGGAGCUUGAAUCAUUUAUAAAAUUUGCUCCCGAGUAUUUCAAGUAUUUAAUAGGGGCCAUAGACACUAAGAGCCCAACAUGCCUCGCAAAAAUCUUGGGUAUCUAUCAGGUUACAACAAAGAAUCUGAAAGGAGGCAAGGAAACAAAGAUGGAUGUUUUGGUCAUGGAGAAUCUUUUGUUUAGAAGAAAUGUCACAAGGCUCUAUGAUCUGAAAGGAUCUUCAAGAUCUAGAUACAAUCCAGAUUCCAGUGGAGAUAAUAAGGUCCUUUUAGAUCAAAACCUAAUUGAAGCAAUGCCUACCUCCCCCAUUUUUGUUGGCAACAGGGCCAAGCGCUUAUUGGAGAGAGCUGUGUGGAAUGACACUUCUUUCCUCGCUUCCGUUGAUGUGAUGGAUUAUUCUUUGCUUGUUGGAGUGGACGAAGAGAAGCAUGAACUAGUUCUUGGGAUAAUUGAUUUCAUGAGACAAUAUACCUGGGAUAAACAUCUGGAAACAUGGGUGAAGGCUUCUGGUAUUCUCGGUGGUCCCAAGAAUGUAUCUCCAACAGUAAUAUCCCCCAAACAGUAUAAGAAAAGGUUCCGGAAAGCCAUGACUACAUAUUUUCUCAUGGUUCCUGAUAAUUGGUCUCCGCCUACUAUAAUACCAAGCAAGUCGCAAAGCAACCUGUCUGAAGAAACUGCUCAAGGUGGAUCGUGAAUUGAACGACGUAUGUAAAUUGGAGUGUAGUUAGUCUAAACAGGGAACUUUGAGGUACAAUCCCUUCUAUAGCGUUUCAUUCUUUUGGUCCACUAGAUCUUCCCUUAAUUUUUUUGUAGUGAAAUUUGAUUGUAGCUUUAUAUUAGAAGAGAGAUCACAUCAUUUGUGAGAAAAAGAUGCCGAAAGAGGGAAGAACGGUGAAGUUUUGAAUGUCUCGUGAGUCAUGGGGUUAUAUAUUUGAUAGCUCACCCCAUGUCUUAAAUGAUGUAUAUGGUUUUCUUUUCCCCCUAUUUUUUGGUAUAUUAGCAUUACAGGCUGUAAUUGAAAUAUAAUUCUUUGGGAAAGUGUAUAGUGUUGAGUUUUCUGUGAUCAAUCUUUAGAUGA